AACGCGACAUUUUCCAAAAUUGAUUAGGGAGAGUGGGGGAUACGUGAUUUAAUACAACUCCCUUUCUACAGUGUGUUCUUGGGUACCCUCCAUAUCCGCAGCUUGAAGUAGCUAAUGACAUGCUAACUAGAGAGAAGUUAAUUAAGCUCAAUUAUACUACCAAAUUAUUCAGGUCACGCAAACACUCACUCUGUCCGCUUAAACAGCUUCAAAGAUGUUCAUUCGAAGGGCUUGCCGUGGUUUUCUCGCUAGGACUCAACCUAUUCCAUGCGUAUCAAAGGCUCGCAAAAUAACUACAAGUUGGAUAUCAUCGAAAAAAUUCAACUAUCCCCUGACCCCAGACGAUGUGCCUCGAACAGCAGGAUUACCCACGAUGUUUCGGCUUCCUUCGCAAUCAACAGCUGAGGGGCUGGAUGCGUGUUUUCUUGGGGUUCCAUUAGACACUGGUACUUAUGCUCACCGGACUGGAGCGCGCAUGGGUCCCAGACAAAUCCGCUGUGAAUCUUGUUUGAUACGUCCUCACAACACACAUACAGGAGCUGCACCUUAUGAAUCGCUGAUGGUAGCUGAUGUCGGUGACGUGUCGACCAACGUUCUUAAUCUUGAAGCCAACAUUGAAAUAAUACAAAAACACGUGGCCAGCAUUGUCAACACGGGAUGUAAACCUUUGAUAGUGGGCGGAGACCACACCAUCACAUAUCCUAUUUUGAAAGCCAUCAAGGAUAAAUAUGGUCCUGUUGGCAUGUUACACCUUGAUGCCCACCCAGAUACAUCUGAAACAACGUUUGGUGAACGAAUAUCCAACGCGACACCAUUCCGCCGCGCAGUGGAAGAAGGACUGCUGGACUGCAAACGAGUCGUCCAGAUUGGUUUGAGAGGGACUGGAAACUCUCCUGUCGACUACGAAUUUGGAAGAAGCCAUGGUUUUAAAAUAGUUCCCGCCAAGUAUUGCUGGUAUAAGUCCAUGGAGCCCCUAAUGGCGCAGGUCAGAGAGCUUAUGGGUGACGCACCUGUUUUCAUCAGUUUUGAUAUUGACGUCAUCGACCCAGGCUACGCCCCUGGGACAGGAACUCACGAAAUUGGAGGUUUGACGGUUAUUCAAGUCCUAGAGAUAAUCAGAGGAUCUAAAGGAAUGAAUAUAAUUGGUGGAGAUUUGGUAGAGGUUAAUCCAUCAGUUGACCUGCACGGAGCCACUUCAAUCCUGGCCGCUAAUUUUUUGUAUGAGAUGAUGUGCGUUUUGCCCGGAGUGAUCUACAAAGAUGCGCCUUCCUCGGAUUUUCAGUUCUAAGCCGGAAGUCUUGCCACUUAUACUGUCACGCAAGGAGGAAUGUCGUGUUAGGACCUUGUGAGAGACUAGAAAAUGCUAUUAUGGCUGGUUUUUAACUUAAAAGUUAAAAGAAUGUUUUUCGAAUCGUUAUGUUAUUAAUUCGCUUUCAAGAUAAGUGUCUAACUAGUGAGCUUUUUUAAAAACGCGAAAUACAAAUUUCUCCCAGCUCA